AUGGUACAGCAUACUCCCCAGACAACGGUUCACCAGCUCGCACAAGAGUAUGCACCUAUUAUCAAGGGCAAGACUAUCCUUACAACAGGUGCAAGCCCAGGUGGGCUCGGUGCACUCUUUGUAGAAGCUAUUGCAGUGGCAGAACCAGGACUGGCGAUUCUAGCUGGUCGGAGUGUUAACAAGCUUCAACAAACCGCAGACAACCUUGCGGCCAAGUGUCCCAACCUUAAGACAAAGCUUCUGACCAUUGAUCUUGGUUCUCUUCGCUCUGUUCGUGCAGCUGCAGAAGAGGUCAAUGGAUGGUCAGAUGUUCCCGAGAUUGAUGUCUUGGUCAAUAAUGCCGGGAUCAUGGCGACGGACUUUGGGCUCACAGAGGAUGGUUUCGAAGGUCAAUUUGCUUCGAACCAUCUAGGUCACUUCUUGUUCACAAAUUUAAUCAUGGAUAAGAUCCUUUCUUCGGAGGCGCCUCGAGUGGUCAGUGUUUCCAGCAAUGGUCACCGCUUGGGGCCUAUUCGAUGGGGUGACAUCAAUUUCAGUAAUGGUGAAAGAUACAACAAGUGGAGUGCAUACGGACAGUCAAAGACAGCAAACAUGCUGUUUGCCAUCUCUCUCGCUGAGAAGCUAGGCAGUCGUGGACUCCAAGCGUUCUCGCUUCAUCCCGGUGCUAUCCUUGAUACCUCACUGGCCAAGCAUCUGGAUACGUUGGAUAGUCUAGAGACUGUCAAGCUAACGAAUGCAGUCGAAGCUGAUCGUGCAAUGGGAGACCCCUGGGGUUGGGUAGAUUGGUCUACUGUUCCAGUUUCCUCCGAGGUCGGCGCUGCAACACACGCAUUUGCUGCGUUCGAUCCUGAUCUUGAAGAACACAACGGUGCAUAUCUUCUAGAAUGCCGUCUAGCAGACCCAAUGACUGAUACGGUCAGACCAUGGGCUACAAGUUCAACGGAAGCAGAGUUACUUUGGAGGAAGAGUGAGGAGAUGGUUGGACAAAAGUUCUCUUAUUAG